AUGGUAAUCCAAGAUAAUCAAAUAAUCAGUAAUAGAUACCUUCAAAGUAUUGGAAUUGAUGGAACUGGAGAAAUCAUCACUGUUAUUGAUUCAGGAUUAGAUAUUGGACAUUGUUUCUUUAGAGAUCCAAAUAAUUCAUACGAAACUAUCUUGGGGAAUACGAAUUUAAACCAUAGAAAAGUUGUUAGAUAUGAAUCUUUUGCUGACUUUACAGAUAACGUUGAUGGACAUGGAACACAUGUGUCAGGAACGAUUGCUGGUGAAUCUGUUGAACCAAAUCGUUUAAUUGCUGCUUAUAACGGUAUAGCUCCAAAAUCUAAAAUUUAUUUUGUUGAUAUAGGUGUUACAUCACAAUCAGCAUCAAAACUAUCUGGUCAAGUUAACUAUAAUAUAGUUUUCAAUCAAAUGUUGGCACUUAAUUCACUAAUUCAAUCAAAUUCAUGGGGAUAUGAUGUAAAAAGUCCAGAAGUUACUAUGGUAUUCGAUCAAUUCGCCUUAGCUACAUCAAUGUUGAUUGUUUUCUCUAAUGGAAAUGAAAAAACGAGAAAUUCUGUAUUUUCUCCUGCAGAUGGCAAAAAUAUUUUAUCAGUGGCAUUCUCAACUAAGCCAUAUACAUCAGAUAUCGAACUUGGUAAAUACAUUGCAAAAAUAAUUUUUGAUGAUAACGUCAAACGCGAUGUAAUCAAAAGUUAUAAGCUUGGAACAGCUGAUCCACCUAUAGUUAACACGGAAAUGCAGUUCUGUGAUACAGAUGCAAAAGAUUGCACUUAUGAAACCGGAAAAGUAAUGGUUUCACCGGUUUCUCCCUCUAUUUCAUUAUCUUAUCCUUUUGUUCAGAUUAGUCAAACAGAUUAUGAAGUUGCAAAGACAAAAACGAGUUGUUCAAUUUUAUUACUUCCUUCAACAACUCCAAGGGGAUUCCAAAGGCAUGAAUACUCAUCAAGAGGUACUACACUACUUGGUACUCUAAAACCAGAAAUAAUUGCUCCAGGAACAAAUACGAUCUCAUCAAAAGGUUCUGGUGGAAAUCCAAACAAUAUCGGUGAAUGUUCUAUCAAUGCUCUUAUCAAACUUAACGGUUCAUCUAUGUCUACUCCUGCAAUUUCUGGAAUGGCAGGUUUAAUUGAAAAUUAUUUCAAAGACGGAUGGUAUCCAAAGAUGAGUAAGAAUCCUGAAGAAGGAUUUAACGUUUCCUCUUAUGUUGUAUGUUCAAUUCUUAUUAAUUCUGCAAAAUCGAUGAAUAAUGACCCAGUUCCAAAUUACGAACAAGGAUUUGGAAUGCCAGAUCUUAAAGAAGUCCUCGGAUUUGGUGAUGUCGGAGUGAGGUUCUUUGGAUUCAAAAUGAAACCAAAAUCCAGAAUGAAAUUUCAAAUCAAAACUACUCGUGUUGCAGAUUUUUCUGCAACAAUCUCAUACAAUGACUAUCCUUACGGCUCAGAUAAUGGAUACAUCCUAGUUAUUGACAUAGAUAUGAUAGUUAGAGAUCCAAAUGGAAAAAUUUACAACGGAAAUAAUGUUCCUGGAGAGUUUACGUCAACCAAUGAAAAAGUAUUCAUUAAAGACGCUCCUGUUGGAACUUAUUUCAUAGAUUUGAUAAAUCCGACUAAUGUAACUGAUAAUUUAACAGUUAUAAUAGGAAUGGCAGUAUCUGGUGGAUUUGACACAACAGAUAACGAAGUAAAUCCUUCUAAUGGAGUUAUUUUAGAGAAUAAUGAGUGUAUAAAUUCAUGUGGAAAUGGAAAAUGUUCUGAUGGAUUAUGUGAAUGCGAUGAAAAUCAUAUUGGAGUUUAUUGUCAGCGCGAAAUCAAUAAAAUAAACCUCAAUCAAAAUAAUACAAUCACAUUAACUCCAAGAUAUGCUUAUUAUUUCAAGUUUGAUAAUGAAGAUACAGAUAAUGAUCCUAGUAUGAGAAUAACAAGUUCACUUCCUGCUUCUGUAAGAGUUUGUCUUGAUAAUUAA